AUGACCCUACCAACUGCACCUAUCCCACAACCUUCCACUCCCAUCACCAACGCCCUACGCAUCGUCCCGAAGACCGAAACCGAAACCAUACUUCUUGAAGCUCUGAAAGAGUCGGACACCAUGUUCCGAGCAUUGCGGGACCGGGUGGCGGUACUUCAGGCUUCACAGAUUCUUAACGACACAUACUGCAACAAACUUCGGAUUCAGCUGGCGCACAAGGAGAAGAAAAAAGGCAAACAGACCUUGGGAAAACUCAUGGGCAACGGGCUACCACGGAUGUUGUCGGGAGAUGCAUUCUAUGAGCAAGUUGUACAGUUCACCGAAUGGCAGAGAAGCAGAGGCGGUGAUGAAGAUGGAUGCUAG